CAAAUGUCAAAAUAUGUAAACAAAUCAGCAGCAAACAUUUCUUUGUGCCGCGAGUUAGAUAAAGUGUAAAUUUCUCUCUUUAUUUCUCUCGUUUCCAUGUUUUUGCUGUAUAAACCGAAGAAAAACACAAUUUAGCAUUCACUUUAAAUGCAAAGCAAAGCUGCGGCCACAUUCGGUUAGUGUAAUACGUGGUACAGCAGAUUUCUGAACUACGAGAAUAAGUACCGGCCCUAGCCAUGGAUAUGCUGAUAGCGAACGUCGACACUUGGACGUUCAAGAUCGAGAAGGAUUUAAAUGAACAAUAUGGAGCCCUUGCACUUCCAUUUCCCGGGAUGGACAAAUCCACAGCAGCCGUCUGUUUGUUUUUCAACGCAUCCGAUGGGACGGAAUGUAAAAAGGGAAACUCCUGCCCAUUCCGACACAUCCGCGGCGAUAGAACCAUCGUGUGUAAGCACUGGUUGCGCGGUCUAUGUAAAAAGGGCGACCAGUGUGAGUUUCUGCACGAGUACGACAUGACCAAAAUGCCGGAAUGUUACUUCUACUCGCGCUUUAAUGCCUGCCACAACAAGGAGUGCCCUUUCCUGCACAUCGAUCCGGAGAGCAAAAUCAAAGAUUGUCCCUGGUAUGAUCGAGGGUUCUGUCGGCAUGGUCCCAACUGUCGGCACCGGCAUGUGCGGCGCGUCCUGUGCAAUAACUACCUGGCCGGCUUCUGUCCGGAUGGACCGGAGUGCAAGUAUAUGCAUCCACGGUUUGAGCUACCUCCACCGCCAGAGAUUAAGGAUCAAACACCGAAGCGUCCCACGACCUGCCAUUACUGUGGGGAAGUGGGCCACAAAGCGUCCUACUGUCCGAAAAUGCCACAAGAGCAACGGGAAGCGACACAACGUAUGGAGGAUGCCAAGUAUCGUGCUCUUGGGUACUACAAACAUCGAAUACAUCAAGAAUCCACAAACACUGCGACGGGAGCAGCCGGUGGAGAGGAAGGAAACUUCGUGCCGCAGAAACCUCCGCCACGUCCAAUAGAAGAAAUUACGUGUUUCAAGUGUGGCAUUAAGGGCCAUUACGCCAACAAGUGCACGAAGGGUCCGUUGGCAUUUCUCUCCAACAAUGUACAAAGAAAGUAAGCUACCGGUCGUCAUUUUCCGUCCAUUUCGGCGGAUGUUUCCUUUCAUUU